CCCUUGGUCAACGAAUCAUCCUUUUGGGACAUGUAUCACGGCGUCGACUCGGGGAAAUCCCCGGAACGGUUCUCCUUGCUCGUGCUCCAAGCGAUGCUCUUUACUGCCUGCAGCUUCGUUUCCGCCAACACACUUGAGCAGCUGGGCUAUAGUUCUGUUCGUGCUGCUCGCAGGAUCAUGUAUGGGCGGGCGAAGAUGCUUUACGACUUCGAGACAGAGAAAUCUCAACUUCACAUGGCCCAGGCUGCACUGCUGUUAUCAUACUGGACACCGCCAUUCGAAGAAGCGGCAAUCAAACCCAAUACAGGCUGGCUACGGGCGGCCAUCGAGAACGCAAGAUCAGUCAGGGCUCAUCAGUGGAACUUCAACCCGGCUAAGCCCGGUCCGUCAAGCGAGGUCCAGAUGUCUCUGAGGAAGCUUUGGGUCUGUUGUAUCAUUCGAGCUGGAACCUUGGCAAUCUCGUCACGGCGGUCCUGUCAGAGUCUCGGCCUCGACUCCAACACAACCUUCUCGUUGACAUUCGACGACUUCAAAGACGAGAUUCACGAUUCGAGGGUAUACGAUCCCCGGACGAAGAAGCAACUCGUUGUGGCUUUCCUGGGCUUGGCCGAAAUGUGCGCCCAGGUUGUGGCUAUGUCUGCACUGCUAUUCCCCUUCGACAACAGCGACGCCGGUUCUAAAAGACAAAUUGGAUUGGUUGAAGAGAACAGCAAGAUUUCGUUGAGCAAAAAAACACUGGAUCGAUGGCACGGGAAGACAGUCGAAUGUCUCAGUGAUCCGUUCAAUCAAUCCCGCGACCAUCCAUCCAUCGCCUUGUUCACAAACCUGCAACACAUUUAUUACUUCUCUGCAAGAAUUGCCUUUGCCAAUCGGUUGAUGCUAUCGUGCUACGAUAAUGAAGGCGCAGUCCCGCGCGAUGUCAUGCAUCUUCGAGAAGAAGUGCAAGAGUCAACUGUCUCCAUAGGGAAGUGUCUGGCAACUCUAACCGAGCUCAACCUAGAUCGCUAUCUCCCUGUCAGCGUUGUCCCGUGUAUUGCAUUGCCCCUGGCACUGAACAGCAACACGACCCCAACAAGCCCUAAAGCUCGCAUCUUCUCCGAAGCCAUGAAGACGUAUAGCCGCCUCUAUGAAGGUGUCGAUGGUCUUGCGAGGGCGAUUCGAGUCAUCGUUAACCAAGAACGAGAUUCGCAGUUGGCGGAAUCCUCCGAGAUCUCCACAACCACCACCUUGGUUGACCGUACGGAUGCGUUCCAGUCAGGAUGUUACAUGAGACUGGCUCUGACGAUCGACCUGAGUCUCUCCCGGGGUAACCUCCCCGAUGAAGCAGACCUGCCUGUUACGAUUCGAAGUUCUUCCAGUCCAGAGAGCUUGGGACAGCCCGCUACAGUACGUCCGCUGCCAGACUCGUGUACUGGAGGCUCGCCGAAGUCCGAUAUGGACUCAUCUGUAUCUGACGGCAACACACCCCGGGCUCAACCAACCACGAAUGAGUGGCUCGAUCCCAACAUUUCUCUCCCACCACUCAGCCAAACGGACGAAGAAGAUGGUUUGUGGCAUCUUGCCGAACUUUCUCCCGGUAAGACAGAUUAUGACAUGCUAGAGAGUAUCAUCUGGUCGGGCCUUGAUGAUUCAAUGUUCUCAUGAUAGUCGGCGGGCAGGCGCUAGGAUUGGUUUUCUGUUGCUCGUCUCGAUCCAAUGGGUGCCUAAGGCUG